AUAGCUUACCAUGAAAUUGAAUUUUCUGGGCAAUAACAAUAAUAAUUAUCCAAGCACCCACACACCGAUCUCUUAGGAAUACGAUUCGUCCAUCUUCUUCUCCAAUCUCACAAUCGUUAUUCCUUUCUAUAUUUCGCUGUCUUUUUCCGCGUCUAGUUAUCGGCGGAACUCUGAAUUUUGUAGAAGUCAUAAGCUGAAGCUAAGGAAAUCCUACUUAGAGUUGUAAUUCUUUCAUUUUCAGGAGGAUUCAUCUCUUGAAACGGGAGGACAUUAAAUAUGUUUCAAGAGUUUCUCAAGCAAUAGGUUUCUGCCCACUGCGUGACCUUUAAGUCAAGCAACUCUUGCCAAAAUGGGAACCUCGCAUCGCAGUGGGGCUUCCAAAAAAUCAAGUGAUGGUGCCAGGCUAGUUAUCACAACCAUCAUGGGGAUAGUUUUUGGAUAUUUUAUUGGUGUAUCAUUUCCAUUUGUUUCUCUAGCUAAGAUUAAUUUUUUUGAGGGAGCAAUGAACAGAGAUCAUCAUAGUUUAGACACUCGUAGUUUUCCAGAGACUGUUGGUUCGGGUAGUACUCCCUUAGCACCAAAGAUAUAUGUUCCUACAAAUCCUCGUGGUGCAGAGUCUUUGCCUCCUGGUAUUGUGGUAUCGGAGUCAGACUUUUAUCUCCGGAGAUUAUGGGGUGAACCUAGUGAGGAUUUGAAAAGGAAGCCAAAGUAUUUAGUGACAUUUACAGUUGGUUUGGAUCAGAGAAACAAUAUCAAUGCAGCAGUUAAAAAGUUUUCUGAGGAUUUCCAAAUCAUGCUUUUUCACUACGAUGGUCGAACGAGUGAGUGGGAUCAGUUUGAAUGGUCAAAGCAUGCAAUUCAUGUCAGUGUUAGGAGACAAACAAAAUGGUGGUAUGCAAAGAGGUUCCUGCAGCCUGAUGUGAUUGCAGCUUAUGAUUACAUUUUCAUUUGGGAUGAAGAUCUUGGAGUCGAGCACUUCAAUGCUGAAAAGUACAUUCAACUAGUUAGGAAACAUGGCCUGGAGAUUUCUCAACCCGGUCUUGAACCCAAUAAUGGACUUACAUGGCAAAUGACUAAAAGGAGAGGUGACAGAGAGGUUCACAAGGUGACGGAGGAGAAACCUGGCUGGUGCAGUGAUCCCCACUUGCCUCCUUGCGCUGCCUUUGUGGAAAUUAUGGCUCCUGUUUUCUCGCGCGAUGCUUGGCGAUGUGUUUGGCAUAUGAUUCAGAAUGAUUUGGUGCAUGGUUGGGGAUUGGAUUUUGCACUAAGGAGAUGUGUGGAGCCUGCACAUGAGAAAAUUGGUGUGGUUGACUCUCAGUGGAUAGUUCAUCAAGUUAUUCCUUCUCUAGGAAGUCAGGGUCAAUCUGAAAAUGGAAAAGCUCCUUGGCAAGGGGUAAGAGAGAGGUGCAGAAGUGAGUGGGCGCAGUUUCAAGAUCGCCUAGCCAAUGCAGAUAAGAAAUAUAUUGAACAGCUUGGGAGGACUUUGAAUUAGUUAAUUUCUGGUUAUUACCUGUAAAUUUCUUCAUUUUCUUUGGUCCUUUUUCCAUCUUUGUAUUCAUUGUACGGAAGGGUGUUUUGGAGCCCAAUUUUCUCACUCGAUGUCUUCAAUUUUUAUUUUUUUUUUUGCUCCUAGCGGGGCGGUAGCUGAACUUCCUGUGGUAGUGAAAACUAACAAUCUGAAACUGGAAGAGAGUGAUCCUUUUUUGUGUAUAAAUAGAUUAGACUUUGCUUCA